CAGCCUGCUUCUCAGCCCCUGCCCGAGACGGAGGCGGCGCCCGGGGCGGGCCAAGCGUGACCGCGGGUCGGCGGGGCGGGUUUAAGAGCGCGGCGUGCGCGCCCUGCCCGCGCCCGCUCCCGGCCGCGGCACAGCAGCCUUGGCGCCCCCCGCGCCGCUGCCCCCGCCCCGCCGUCGCCGCCGCAGCCAGGAGCCGCCGCACCAUGCCCCGCAUAGAUGCGGACCUCAAGCUCGACUUCAAGGAUGUCCUGCUCCGACCUAAGCGGAGCAGCCUCAAGAGCCGAGCCGAGGUGGAUCUUGAACGCACCUUCACGUUUCGAAAUUCAAAGCAGACCUACUCAGGGAUUCCCAUUAUCGUGGCCAACAUGGACACUGUGGGCACAUUUGAGAUGGCAGCUGUGAUGUCACAGCACUCCAUGUUUACAGCAAUUCACAAGCAUUACUCCCUGGAUGACUGGAAGCUCUUUGCCACAAAUCACCCAGAAUGCCUGCAGCACGUAGCCGUGAGUUCCGGCAGUGGGCAGAACGAUCUGGAAAAGAUGACCAGUGUCUUGAAAGCUGUGCCACAGGUUAAGUUUAUUUGCCUGGAUGUGGCCAAUGGGUAUUCAGAACAUUUUGUGGAAUUCGUGAAACUCGUCCGUGCCAAAUUUCCUGAACACACCAUUAUGGCAGGGAACGUGGUGACAGGAGAAAUGGUAGAAGAGCUUAUUCUUUCCGGAGCAGAUAUCAUCAAAGUGGGAGUUGGACCAGGUUCUGUGUGCACCACCCGCACCAAGACAGGAGUGGGGUACCCCCAGCUGAGCGCCGUCAUUGAGUGUGCUGACUCCGCCCACGGCCUGCAGGGCCACAUCAUCUCUGAUGGAGGCUGCACGUGUCCAGGGGAUGUCGCCAAAGCAUUUGGAGCUGGAGCAGAUUUUGUCAUGCUGGGAGGAAUGUUUUCAGGUCAUACGGAGUGUGCUGGAGAAGUGAUUGAGAGGAACGGACGGAAGCUCAAGCUCUUCUACGGGAUGAGCUCUGACACGGCCAUGAAGAAGCACGCAGGAGGAGUUGCUGAGUACAGAGCCUCUGAGGGUAAGACUGUGGAAGUGCCUUACAAAGGAGAUGUGGAAAACACUAUCCUGGAUAUUCUCGGGGGACUGAGGUCCACGUGCACCUACGUGGGGGCCGCCAAACUCAAGGAGCUCAGCAGGAGGGCAACGUUCAUCCGGGUGACCCAGCAGCACAACACCGUGUUCAGCUAACCCCGGGAAUGAAACGGCGUCUGGCUCGAGUGGAAGCAUCCAAACCUGCUUUUCCCAUCUCCCUCCUACUCUGUUCCGUCAGAGCUUCUGGCUGCUCCCGAAUGGUGGAAUGCUGUGUCCUCUCUCCAAUCUCCUGCUGCCUGGAGGCUUCGGGGCUCUCCCGCCUGCCUUCUCGGGGCCCAGACACAAGGCACCGAUUGGGCCAACAUCAGAGCCCUGCUGCCCAGAACUCACAACCUCAUUGUUCAAACCAACACUCGCACCUUUCUUUUUCUCUUUCUCUCUCCCUUUGUUUUUCUUUCUUUUUUAAAAGAAGAUGGUUUCACUUUAAUAUAAUGCUAUUAAGACUUGA